GCGACUUCCUCCUCGCCGAAUUGAAAAGCCCCAGCACGGCAGCAUCCCGAUCAGUUCCACUCACUCCAUCCACGCGCCACCACCUCCGAAAAUGAGGGUGUUCUGUGUCUUAGUGUUCAGUGUUGCGCUCGUCCUCGCCGACGAAGCCGCCAAGCAGGAGAAGCAGGAGGGCGGCGACAAGCAGAAGCGAAGCGGCUUUGGUGACUUCGGCGGAUUCGGCUAUGGCCUCGGCGGCGGCCACGGCUUCAACGGCGGCCUCGGCGGAUUCGGCCAGGGCCUCAACGGCCUCAACGGCGGCUACGGCCAGGGCCUAGGAUACGGCCAGGGCCUAGGAUACGGCUACGGACACGGCCACUCCAUCGAGAAGACCAUUACCAUCAACAAGGAGGUCCCCGUCCCGUACCCCGUCCACGUCGAGAAACAAGUCCCGGUCCCCGUCCACGUCAAAGUCCCCGUCGACCGCCCCUACCCCGUCCAAGUCCCCGCUCCCUACCCCGUCCACGUUGAGAAACAAGUCCACGUCCCUGUCCAAGUCCCCGUCCCUGCACCCUACCCCGUCGAGAAGCGCGUCCCCUACCCCGUCCAAGUCCCCGUCGACAGGCCCUACCCCGUCCACGUACCCAAACCCUACCCAGUCUACGUUGAAAAGAAAGUCCCUUACCCUGUCGAGACGCACGUCCCUGUCCCUGUCCAAGUCCCCGUCGACCGUCCCUACCCGGUCCAUGUUCCUGUUGAGAAGCCAGUGCCUUACCCAGUCGAGAAGCAUGUCCCGUACCCGGUGAAGGUCCCAGUCGACAGACCGUACCCUGUCCAUGUCCCACAACCGUACCCAGUCCACGUUGAGAAGGCUGUGCCAUACCCCGUCGAAAGGCCGGUGCCCUACCCGGUCAAGGUGCCCGUCAGGGAGCCCUACCCCGUUCACGUACCGGUUGAGAAGCCCGUCUACGUUCCAGUCAAGUCCCACGGACCCUCCCACGGAUACGGACACGGAUGGUAAACGCAAUCACGAUCAUGAUCUCCGCAGCAUGUCACUUCAACAUUACAGUGUUGACAGACCCGUGCAUUUCCAACAGUGUUCCUAGGACAGCCUCAACAAGUGAACACCGGAAGAAGUGAAUGUUUAAGACAGAUACAGUGCAACCUAGAAUUCAUUUUCGCGGUCAUACGAGGUAAUCAUACUUUUUUGACAGUAAUUGUCCAACUUCAAAAUAAUUUUAUUAUUUUGCAGUCGUAAAGGUCCAAACCAGGUGUUUUUUAACAUGGGGGCUCUUUUGACGCAUAAAAAGUGAUAAGUCUUAAAAAGUGUGUCGCUCUGGAGUGAGUGGAUCAAUUGGAUCAUUCAUAAAAUGUAGCAUUAAUGGAAUUUUUUUCAUCCCGGUUUUACUCAAUUUAUUCCUUGUUCUGCGAAUCAAUUUAACUUAUCCCAUUGAAUUCAAGAAUCAUGAGAUAGUAGUAACCAAUGUUGCGUCAAAUGAUGAUUCGCGAAAAUAUGAGAGAAAGCAAAGUUUUAUCAAAAUUAUUACAAUUGUUAAAUUUUUCUACGUUAAGAGUGGAAGUUACAAAAACACCGUGUCCCUUUCUCAGUGCAAAAAGGCAGUUUUUUAUCAUGCGAUUCCAAACAAAAAUAUAUUAUAUAUUUUUUCACUGGUUUUUGGAGACUAACUUGAUCGCUUGCUUUGACCGUCCCUUUAAUUCUUUGCGAAGACUGAUCCAAAAUUAUGCAGAGCAACAUUAUUUUACAUUUUUUAAUUUGAAUACUCAUCAAAGUUACCAUUCAUUUUUUGUACCAAUAAUUCAGAACAUUUUUUAAGAACAAUUGAAUAAAUAUUUGUUCAUGAAAUGUUCAAAAUGUGAUAUUUGUAAAUACAGUUUAUAUCUAACGUUUAAAAUUGAAGUGAAAUAAAAAUUUCGUCUGUUUU